AUGAACAAGACAGAAUUGGAAGCUGCCUUGCCUUCAGAAGAACAAACAUCCUUCCAGAAAGCUGCAAUAUGGGUGUCAACAGGAAGACACGGCGACAUUGACAUGGAAGUGGCCAACAGCUUCCACAGAGUAAAUGAAAGACUCUGUGCUGGUGCUAGAUUUAAUCUGCCCCAAAGAUCUUCUGGGCCUUCUGACCAUCCUAAGGGCUUGGGGGUCUUCGAGGGAGCAGCAGACAUGGUGAUUGAUCCUGCUUUACUCAUGGAUAUUGACCCUUUGGAUUCUGCAGGACUCCCGCAAAAUCUGGUUGAGAAUCCCUCCUCUCAGCCCCUGCUAGCAGCAUCUGAUGGUGACAUCAUCAUGCACGAUGAAACGGGCACCAGAAAGACCAAAGAGAGACCCAUCCUAGAGCGGGUUGGGGAAACUCUGAGGAAGCAGAAACUGCGUGCAACACAGCAAAAAUGCAGAGUAGAGUCCAGCACUGAUUCUGAAUCUGACGCUAACAUAGAGGUUCUGUCCAACUGUUCCUUUCCAGGAGGGUCUCUUAAGAAAACAACUUACAAAAAACUUCAACUCCUGGAUCCUUACGAUGGUGAUUAUGAAGGCGUCUCUGGCUCCUCUGACUGUAGUCUGGAUUCUGUCGCUGAUGUAUGUCCCUGGAGGGGGAUCCUUCUGAAGCAUCCCAUCCCCGAGGGUCUGACUGUGGAAGAGAACUUUCUUCUCUCUGCAUCACCAUACCGGGCAGUCUCUGCUGCAGUCACUCAUGAGAGCGAUUGUAUGAAGCCAGCAGAUAACUUAAUGCUCAUGGAAUCUGCAAUGGAAGACAAUGGGAAAGGUUCGCAUUCAGGACUUUCCGGGGAAGCUGAAGUGUACAAAACCGCCGAAGUAUUGCAGCUGACAACUGAACCUUCCUGGUUCACAGAUCACAAUCCGUCCGAAUGUUGCGGAUUCUCUGAUAAUGUAGCUCCAGCUUCUGUACUGUGGCCUGUUGUGAGACUGAGUGACAAAAGAGCGUGUGAGGAUCCGAUCAUCAAGCGAAAGCAAGGGCAGCCCGUUCUAGAGUGUGCUGGGGAAAAACUAAGAAAGAAAUUGCGAGCAACUUGACAUAAACCCAAUGUGUGGGAGAGGCUGUUGGUGAAUUAGUGCUAUCUGCU